AAGUACCUUUUCUUCCAACAGAGCACCUUAAGAUGACGCGACUGAAGGCAUGGUGGGUGGUCCUCCUGGUGACCCUUGCUUGUGUAGUGCUGGUGUCCGCAGAAACAACACCAACAACGCUAAUCAGUGCUGAUGACCAGGAACAGGUUGAAGUCGAAAAGAACCCAGAAUCGACAGAGACACUAAACGAAGAAGGAGAUGGUGCCAGCAGAGAAGAGGGUGCGGAGGAGAAGGACGGAGAGACCACAGAUGACAAGGAACCCAAAAAGCCAUUGACGCCAAAGGAAAUCAGAGCGAACGAGUUGUACGAUGCGGCCAUGGCCAUCUUGAACCAGACGAAGCAGGAUGAGAAGCAUGCCUACACAUUCUUGCAGUCGGCAGCAGAGUUGGGGCACACAGAGGCUCUGCAGAAGGUGGCCUGGGCACGCCUGCUGGGGAAACACCUCAAGCAGAACAUCACGCAAGCCGUAGAAAUCUUUGAGAGCUUAGCCAUGCAAGGCAAUGCUGAUGCUCAAAUGGGAUUGGGCUUCAUGUAUGCCACAGGAAUUGGGAAAAAUUCAAGCCAGGCAAAAGCACUUGUGUAUUACACAUUUGGUGCGCUGGGUGGCAGCCAAUGGGCACAGAUGGCCUUGGCCUACAGAUACUGGUCAGGCAUUAGUGUAGCUUCAAACUGCGAGACAGCCCUUACCUAUUACAGGAAGGUUUCACAUACAGUUGCAGACGAGGUUUCCUUGACCAGGAAUCGCGUAGUGCAGAGAGUACGUCUGUUGGAUGAAGUCGACAGCCCAGGAUCCCUGUCAACGCCCUUGGAUGACGAUCUCAUUCAAUACUAUCAGUUCCUUGCAGAGAAAGGAGAUGUACAGGCUCAGGUGGGUUUGGGUCAGCUUCAUUACCAAGGUGGCCGAGGGGUGGAACAGGACCACCAGCGAGCACUUAACUACUUCGUACAAGCUGCAGAGGCAGGCAAUGCAAAUGCCAUGGCCUUUCUUGGCAAGAUGUACCUGGACGGUAGCUCUGUUGUGAAGCAGAGUAACGAAACUGCCCUGAAGUACUUCAAGCGUGCAGCAGAUCAGAAUAAUGCUGUAGGUCAGAGUGGUCUGGGCUUGAUGUACCUGCAUGGUUGUGGGGUUCCUCAAGACUACCAGCUAGCACUCAAGUACUUCACAUCAGCAGCCGAGCAAGGAUGGGUCGACGGCCAGCUACAACUGGGCAACAUGUACUUCAGUGGAAUGGGUGUGCGGAGGGACUACAAGAUGGCCAUCAAGUACUUCAACUUAGCCUCCCAGUCUGGUCAUGUUUUGGCUUUCUACAACCUGGCUCUCAUGCAGGCCUCGGGCACAGGGAUGGUCCGUUCAUGCCACACUAGCGUUGAGCUAUUCAAAAAUGUUGCCGAGAGAGGAAAGUGGGGAGAGAUGCUGAUGGAAGCUCAUUCAGCGUAUUGGGAUUCUCGACACACACAAGCACUUGUGACAUACAUGUUACUUGCUGAGCUAGGGUAUGAGGUUGCUCAGAGCAAUGCUGCGUUUCUCCUUGAUAGACAUGAAACAGAACUUUUCAAGAGAGAAGAGAGCUUAGCCAGAGCACUCAUGUACUGGGGCCGUGCAGCAUCCCAAGGCUAUGCAGUUGCAAGAGUGAAACUGGGUGAUUAUCAUUACUAUGGCUAUGGAACAUCAGUGGACUAUGAGACAGCCGCUGCCCACUACAGGCUGGCUUCAGAGCAACAGCACAAUGCUCAGGCUAUGUUUAACUUGGGCUACAUGCAUGAGCAAGGGCUUGGUUUGAAACAGGACAUGCACCUUGCCAAACGUUUCUAUGAUAUGGCUGCAGAAGCAAGUGCUGAUGCGCAGGUGCCUGUUGCUCUGGCAUUGGCCAAGCUGGCACUUCUUUUUACCUUCAAGUAUUUGGAAGAUUUCAAAUGGACGCAGCUGAGCAAGGGCAGCAUAGAAGAGUUCCUCGGCCCGGACUGGGACAUCUACCUCAUGGCAGUCCUCUCUGUCAUCAUUGCCAUGCUUAUUCUCUUCAGAAGGCCACCCCCACCAUUGGCCAUGUAAAUGCCAUCUUCAGUUGCGCCGUUUAAAGCUGCGGGAACGCUGAAUCCUAAGCCAAGUGGAUUUGAAGAGUCUGGAAAUUCAGUUUGGCAAUCUUCAUCCUCAUUUUGAUUAAGUGUGCUGCCAGCUCAAGCUUUUGGUUGACUGGUCUAGGGCUCAAGGAGGGGAUCCAGUCCCUGUUUGUCGUAUUCCGAAUGAUUUUGUGCAAUAAAGUCAUCAGGCAAAAUUGACGUUUUGAGGCCAAGGGAGACGGCACCUCUUCCUUGAAGAUUUGAAGGUUGAUUGAACAUUGGCUAUUCAGAUAAAUCUUCAACUUACGUUUAUCUUUCUUUUCUUUUUUUUAUAUUUCUUUUUUUUUUAAGAUUUGGGUGGUUAUUGGUUGUAAUGAUAUAUAUUUUUUUUUCUUUUGUAAUCUUGCAUUAGUGGAGGAUAGCAUAAAUGUUGUCCAGAAGAUGUAAACUUUCAAGAAAAGAAGAAAAAAAAAAAAAAAGUUGUAUAAGAUAUAUAUAUAUA